UCGGUCCAAUUGGAGUGUCCUCCAAGCCAGAAAACAUCAAAACAGUAAAUUCACUCCUCCAUUUUUGCAGGCUUUCGUUUCUUCCUUCCAAUUCACUUCUCCAAGACUCUCUCUCUCUCUCUCGCAAAGCUAAGCUUCAACAAUCUUCUCCAAUGUCGAUCUUCGAGUACAAUGGAAGUGCUCUUGUGGCGAUGGUCGGCAAGAACUGUUUCGCCAUCGCCAGCGAUCGGCGGCUCGGCGUUCAGCUCCAGACCGUGGCCACUGAUUUUCAGAGAAUUUAUCAGAUUCACGACAAGGUCUUCCUGGGUCUCUCCGGACUCGCCACCGACGCUCAGACUCUGUACCAGCGGCUGGUGUUUCGUCACAAGCUGUACGAGCUACGAGAAGAGAGGAAUAUGAAGCCCGAAACAUUUGCCAGCCUUGUUUCUGCCCUUCUUUACGAGAAGAGGUUUGGCCCCUAUUUCUGCCAGCCUGUGAUUGCUGGACUGGGAGAUGAAAACAAGCCCUUCAUUUGCACAAUGGAUUCCAUUGGAGCCAAGGAGCUUGCAAAAGAUUUUGUUGUUGCUGGGACAGCCUCUGAAUCUCUCUAUGGUGCCUGUGAGGCAAUGUUCAAGCCUGACAUGGAAGCUGAAGAAUUGUUUGAGACAAUCUCUCAAGCGCUGCAGUCAUCUGUAGACCGUGACUGUCUGAGCGGUUGGGGUGGCCAUGUAUAUGUCGUCACACCAACAGAAGUAACAGAAAGGAUUCUGAAAGGAAGGAUGGAUUGACCUGUUCCCGACAUAGUUUUUGAAGCCCAUAUGUUUUCAACUGUCAUUUCAGUGCAUUACUUCUUUGGUUCAUGCUAGGAUGCUGAAAAUGGUGUGGUGUGUGAAUCAUUUGGCAUCUUUAACAACCAAGGCAUGCAUUACUAUUGCUUCUGGAAGUUGAUGUACCCAAGAUAAUAUAAAUUUGAAUUUCAUAUAUUUAGCUUGUCAGAUGCUAAAUUCGUUGAGAAUUUAAAUUUGCUUUGGGAGUUUCAACACUGCACUGGAUACCGUCUUCUUGAUGGCUUAAUGGAUUAGAUUACAUUGUUGGGUUGUUUUGA